AUGCUCCCUCGUGGCCAACCCGUUCUUGUUGUUCAAAAUCCAAAGAGAGAUCAAGGACGUCGCGCUCAAAUAGCCAACAUCCAGGCAGGGACGGCUGUCGCUGAAAUUGUCCGGACAACUCUUGGCCCGAAGGCGAUGCUGAAGAUGCUCUUGGAUCCCAUGGGUGGGAUCGUAUUGACGAACGAUGGGAAUGCGAUAUUAAGAGAGGUUGAUGUAUCCCACCCUGCUGCUAAGUCGAUUAUUGAAUUGAGUCGAGCACAAGAUGAAGAAACAGGAGACGGGACUACAAGCGUUGUCGUCUUAGCAGGUGAAAUGUUGAGUGUAUCUGAGCCCUUGCUUGAAAGAAAUUUACAUCCAACUCAAAUUGUCAUGGGAUAUUUGCAAGCUCUAGAGGAUUGCAUUGCAAUUAUGAACAGCGUCGCUCUUCAGCUGGAUCUCAAUAACGAUACGCACUUGAUUCAAGUGUUGGAUUCAUGCUUGAACACGAAAUUUUCGUCGCGCUGGGGACAAUUGAUAUCGAAACUCGCGCUCAAUGCUGCGAAAGCUGUUUGUGUUGAACUUCCAAAUGGGAAGAAAGACAUCGAUAUCAAAAAGUUCGCCAAAGUUGAGAAAAUUCCGGGGGGUGAAAUUGAGGACUCGAUCGUUCUGAAGGGUGUUAUGCUCAAUAAAGAUGUUACACAUCCGAAAAUGAGAAGAAAAAUAGUCAAUCCACGGGUUGUUCUUCUGGAUUGUCCUCUCGAAUAUAAGAAGGGAGAGUCCCAAACAGCUGUUGAAAUCAGUAAAGAAGAAGAUUGGGAGAAAAUUUUGCAACAAGAGGAGGAAGAAGUUAAGAAAAUGUGUGAUGAAAUUAUCGCGAUCGGAUGCGAUUUAGUCAUAACCGAGAAGGGAGUGUCUGAUCUGGCUCAACACUUUCUGGUUAAAGCAGGAAUCUCGGUUAUUCGUCGAGUGCGCAAAACCGACAAUAAUCGCUUGUCUCGAGUGACUGGUGCGACAAUCGUAACAAGGACAGAUGAACUCUCGAGUCAUGACGUUGGGACAGACUGUGGAUUAUUUGAAGUCAAGAAGAUUGGUGAUGAAUAUUUCGGAUAUUUUAUCGAGUGUAAGGAUCCCAAAGCUUGUACGAUCGUAUUACGCGGAGGUUCAAAAGAUGUCCUUAAUGAGACGGAAAGAAAUCUUCAAGACGCCCUCAACGUGUCACGAAAUCUUCUUCUCGAAGCCAAAUUACUUCCAGGAGGCGGAGCAAUAGAAAUGGAGCUUGCGGCAAGAUUAACAGAAAAAAGUGCUACAGUGGAGGGUGUCAAACAAUGGCCCUAUAAAGCAGUUGCAGCAGCUCUUGAAGUUAUUCCAAGAACCCUGAUUCAAAACUGUGGAGCUGAUGUUGUCCGGACAAUCACUGAUUUGAGGGCUCGUCAUGCAACUCCGGGAAAUGCGACAAUCGGUGUUGAUGGGAACACUGGCAAGAUAGUAGACGUGACGACACUUGGUAUCUGGGAUACCUACACAGUGAAGCUGCAAAUCAUCAAAACCGCAAUUGAAGCCGCAUCAAUGAUUGUUAGAAUUGACGACGUUCUAUCAGGAAUUACGAAGAAGAAAGGAGAAGAGGAUGGAUCAGGCAAACCGCUCAUACCAGAUGAAUAG